AGAGAGAGAGAGAGAGAGAGAGAGAGACUUUAAUUUCAAGGCACUCCAACCAGAACGCGUCCCCGCUGGCAGCAGCGCGCACCACGGCCUGCUGUUCACAUUCACAGGUUCAUAGAAUAUGAUCACAUCACCGCAUCGACCAAGGACGGGGCUUUGAAUGCGGCUUUGUUCCGUUCGUCAUUCCGCACGAGGCUUCACAUUCACGCACGAGAAGUGAAGAAAAAGUUGGCAGUGGCAGCAGCCUCCUUCCGUUAAAGGACCCACUCUGGACCAUGCAUUGCGCAGAAUCUCUGCUCGCUCGCGCUUAAUUCGCGGCGGAGCGGCGCGGCGCGGCGCGGCGCGGCGCGUCUCCAUCCCGCAGGAUGCGAGCGGCGCGCUGAGCGUCGCCGCCCGCGUGGGGGGAAAAGUGGGCACCAAACUUGCGCAAAGCGGCCGAUUGCGCACAAGUGGCGAUUGCCCGUCGCAAGUCGGCGGCCGACGCGAUGGCAGCGAUUCGGAGGAAAUUCGGAGUGGACUACCAGGUGGUGAACACCAACCGGGGCAUGACUUUUUCCGCGCCGGCGAAGAAGAAGCGGCAGCGGUUCGUGGAGAAGAACGGCCGCUGCAACGUCCAGCACGGGAACCUUGGCGGCGAGACCAGCAGGUACAUCUCCGACCUCUUCACGACGCUGGUGGACCUCAAGUGGCGCUGGAACCUACUCAUCUUCAUCCUCACGUACACCGUCGCGUGGCUGGUCAUGGCAUCGAUGUGGUGGGUGAUCGCCUACAUCCGCGGCGACCUGAGCCACGGCGGCCACGAGCCGUCCUACACGCCGUGCGUCGCCAACGUCUACAACUUUCCCUCCGCCUUCCUGUUCUUCAUCGAGACGGAGGCGACCAUCGGCUACGGGUACCGCUACAUCACGGAGAAGUGUCCCGAGGGCAUCAUCCUCUUCCUCUUCCAGUCGCUGCUCGGCUCCAUCGUGGACGCCUUCCUCAUCGGCUGCAUGUUCAUCAAGAUGUCGCAGCCGAAGAAGCGCGCGGAGACGCUGAUGUUCAGCCAGGACGCGGUCAUCUCGCAGCGGGACGGCAAGUUGUGCCUCAUGUUCCGCGUGGGGAACCUGCGCAACAGCCACAUGGUGUCGGCGCAGAUCAGGUGCAAACUCAUCAAGUCCCGUCAGACCCCGGAGGGCGAGUUCCUGCCGCUGGACCAGUGCGAGCUGGACGUGGGCUUCGGGACGGGCGCCGACCAGCUCUUCCUGGUGUCUCCGCUCACCAUCUGCCACGAGAUCAACCCCAGCAGCCCGUUCUUCGACCUGUCGCAGCGCUCGCUCGCCAGCGAGCAGUUCGAGAUCGUGGUGAUCCUGGAGGGCAUCGUGGAGACCACGGGUAUGACGUGUCAGGCCAGGACGUCCUACACGGAGGACGAGGUGCUGUGGGGCCAUCGCUUCCUCCCCGUCAUGUCUCUGGAGGAGGGCUUCUUCAGAGUGGACUACUCCCAGUUCCACAACACCUUCGAGGUGCCCACGCCCCCCCACAGCGUCAAAGAGCAGGAGGAGAAGUCCUCGCUGACGUCGCCCCACCCUCUGCCGGUGGCGCCGGCGCCCGCGUCCCCCCCGCCGGGCGCCGGCGCCCGCGGCGGCCGGCGUGAGCGGCUGCUCUCGGCCGACUGCGCCGAGCACGCGGACGACCAGGCCUCCAGGCUGCCCAGCAAGCUCCAGCGCAUGAGCUCCACCACCAAGGAGGACCACUUCUGGAGGGGGGCGAGGCCGGGCCCGGCCCUGCCGGGGGGCAAGGCCUCCAGCACCGGGGACCUGCCGCUGAGCAUCCAGAGGCUGAGGUCCAGCUCCAUCCCGGUGGCGAGGCCGGGGCAGCAGGAGGAGCGCGUGCAGCUGCUGCCGCUGGACGGAGACGCCGAGGAGGCGGCGGCGCCGAUUAGCGCCGUCGCGGCUAACACCCAGGUCCCCUUCGCCGGGGGGCGGCCCGAGGACAAGCUGCCCCCGAAGCUGCGGCGGAUGAACGCUGACCGCUGAGGCUGAGACAAAGACUGGCUGUGACACGAGUUGUGUCUGACAUUUACUUCUGGCCUCUCGAGGUUGUCCAUUGCCACGAGUGGGAGGACAACGCCAAUAAGCCAUCCAUCCGCUCAUACUGUGAGUCAUUUUGAAUAGAUCACCAUCUGUGCCCCCUUCCCUUCGCUGCCUUUCGACUCCUCUGCCCUCGUGCUUGUUUCUUCAGCCCUUUCACUCCCCCCCGUCACUGUUAUCAGUGGAAGCUCCAGUGGUGUAGGAGCAAAAGCUUGAUGGACACGCGAGCCGGAGCCGCCGACGGGUGCUCCGCGAAAAGUCAAUCAUGCUUUUUUGGAUCAUUUGUACCGAAAACGUAUUUAUUCUGAUGCUCAUUUAAAGUUUUACCUCAGGAUGCAGCGUUUGCAUCAGCCCGUUACUCGCAUGGGCGACUCACAUGCUGAUUUAUCUCACCCCCAACUCAUUUAUUAAAAUGUAAAUCAAAUAUCUGGGAACGCAGGGACGCUGACAUCAGGGGAAACGUGUAUUAUUACCAAAACCAGUGUUGGACAAAACUUCCCAUUGCACCUGCUAUAUAAUAAAUUCACUGAAGUCACA